UCCUGCUCAGAAAUGAAAAUAUAUAAGUGGAGACAAACAGGACUCAAGACACACUUUUGUCGGGAGAACCAAUAAGCCAAGGAAGAUGAAGCUUAGCAUCCUUGCCCUGGCCCUUCUGGUGGCCCUCGCAGCCCUCCUCGCCCCUGCCAGCGCUGACCCAAGCAAAGGCAAGGGUGGCGGACGGCGCUUCGGAGGCGGCCGUCGGGUGUCUUUCGGUGGCGGCGGCGGCGGAUACGGCAAGGGCUUUGGCGGCGGCAGGAGCUUCGGCGGUGGCAGGAGCUUCGGCGGUGGCUUUAGCCGUGGCUUCGGUGGCGGCAAGGGCUUCGGCGGUGGCUUCGGUGGCGGCAAGGGCUUCGGCGGUGGCUUUAGCCGUGGCUUCGGCGGGGGCAAGGGGCAUGGCGGCGGUGGCUUCAGCCGUGGUUUCGGAGGCGGCAAGGGCUUUGGCGGCGGUGGGUUCAGCCGUGGCUUCAGCGGUGGCUUUGGGGGCGGAAAGGGUGGAUACGGCCGUUGAUAAUUCCUCCCUCCCUGGACCCCUCCAGUGUGUGAGGCCUUCCCCCCGCCCAUUACUCCCUGUGCACUUGUCUGUCUCACUUCCUCUCACUUCGUCUCCUCACUGCGGAAGACUUGCCUUCUGAGGAUAUUCUUCCGCAGGUGGUCGUUGGAGAUUCUCCCGACAAAAUUUAUGAAUAGUGUGAACGAACUAACCGAAUGUCUGGAAUAUAUAAAAUAAUUUUCUUCCAAUUACAUGACUCACCUAAAA